UUGCCGUUCUGAUGGGAUUUCUGCGUUGUGGAUUACAGGGGCGGUGAACAUGACAACUGCAGGCCCGGGGAACAUCACUACGGAGCCUACGGCGGAAGACGUGUGGGUUCCGGAGGAAGGCUGGCCGCCGACCGCUCUGGUGAUGUGCGGUAUAUUCAUAGGCGUCUUUAUCCUGAGCACGGCCGUGAGCAAAAGCUGUCAAUACGUUGUCAACCACACCAACCUCAUUAUUCCCAACCCGAUAGAGAGCCCGGUCUCACCUCGGAGAGACGCCUCGGGGGACACGAGAGAAUUCCUCGGGGACGUGAGACGGGAUCCCGCGUCACGCAUCCCGACCGGUAAGCCGGUACUUGUCGGCACCACGCCACACUAUGACGUGAUGGACGUACUGAGUAUGCUGUACUCCAUGGACGCCAACAGACACCACACAACCGUCCCCGGGAAAAAUCUUCAACAAAACACCAAAGCCCCGGAACACGGGAGCAGGACCAAAUACAUCAACAGAGACAGAACAGAUGGGCAGGGUGAUAGUGGAUUAUCAGAAGGGGACGUUUUGGAUGCCCAGGAAAUGAAGGACUCGUGCAGUAGUACCGUACAUAUGCAGGAGCUUCCGCGAUGUCCAGAAGUAGUAGUGCACUCACCCAGGGACAGUAAUGUCUGACUAGGCAGGGUUAACAGGGUAAGGUAACAUAUAUAUCACCUCCAUAGUUCAAGUUGUAGAUUCUUUCGCUGUUCGUUUGUUUUCAAUCAAAGUGGCAUCCACAUCUUAGUCUCUGCUUUUGAAUUUUAUUUUCUUCUUCGAACACAUUUUUUUCUUUGUAAAAUCAUAAGAUGACUUUCCUGCGGGAAUUCAAUUCCACCACCUCGUUCAGUAGUCGUACUGCAUGCAGUUGUCAUGAGAUAAUUGGAAUUUCAACACCUCAGAAUUG